UCCACCUGAGCUACAAAUCUUCUCUAUCAUAUCUAGAUGAAUAGUAUUCCUUAUUCCUUUGAUGUUUGCACACUAAACAAGUCUUUCAUACAUUCUCCCACAAAUGCCAAACUUUCUAGUGUUACAAGUGUUAAUGAAACCUGCUACCCUGGUUUCAGUACAAAUGAUGUUUUAAAAUGUCUCCAGUCUCUGAACCCUUCUUGUAGCCUCGGUUCAGAUGGUUCGCCUAGUGUUAUUCUUAAAAAAUGUACAGACAUCCUGUGUUAUCCUCUCAUGGACAUAUUUAAUGAAUCUUUUUUUCAGAAAUGUCGUGUCAGCCGUUUAGAAGGACAUUAAAAUUGUGCAUAUACCUAAGUUGUCUAGUGGAACAUGUUUUAAAUUUAGACCCAUUACUAUUACCUCUCCUUUUCUAAAACCUAUGGAAAAGUUACUCUUAAUUAAUCUUCAAUCUUCACUUAAAGCCUUUAAUGAUCUCGAAAAAUUUGCCUAUAAACACAGUAGAAAUACUUUAGAUGCAGUUGCAGUCUUGUAUCAUAAAAUUGUCUACAGCUUAGACUAGGG